UGCACUGCAUAAGACAGCUGAACCAUUUGCCGGCUCUUGCUGCUUUGUUGUCUGAUCUUAUGAAAGUGCUUCCUCCGGCUCUGAGACUCAGACCAACACCAUCGCUUCACUGCUGCAAUGCAUUCCUGCUGGCCAUCAGAAGAAAUUAUUGUCAGAAAGAGUGGAGAUCUUCAUGAAGGUGUGGAACCAACUCAGAAUGGAAAUAUCCAAUAAUGCUUCUUUGGGUUUGGAUCCUACACUUUAUGAAAAAGAAAUAACUAGAGAAAGCUCUGGGCAGUUUCUCUCCUUGAGUCGUCAUGGGCCAGGGUCAUGUCUCCACGCAAUCAUAGAUCUCCUGUCUGAGACCCACAACAGUCUUGUGCGAGAAGCCAGGAAACUCUGUCACCUGGAAGACAGUGACUAUAAAGUGCCACUGGCAGAGCUGUCUGAGAGCCAACUUGCCCUGUGUCACCCAGAAAAAGAGUUGCUUCCUCUGGUGUUAGCUAACUGCCAUUACACACUAGAGAAGGGUCAGCAAACAGUGAGCUCGUAUGAUCAUGAGGCUAUUGAGAGAGAACUCAGCAGAAGAUUUUUUGCAGGCAAACCACGCAUUCAAACAGACACUGAUAAAUAUCUGAGAAGACAACAUCAGAAUUUUAUAGAAGUCCUCAAUGAGGUCAGAGCCAAAAUACCUCAGGAACCACUCAAGGCCUCUGUGCUCAGUUCUAUGAGAUCAAUGCUACGUUCAUUCACCGAUGUGUGCGACGCGGUUUAUACUGUGGAGAUUGGGCUUCGUUUCCUUGGUAAAACUGGUGGACACCCACAAGAUCUUCUUCUGUCCUAUCUGACAGUUUCCUUGAAAAUGGACCAACACAUCUCAAGCACCGUAGCUGAGGCUUUAAAAGAGAACCGGAUUAGUCAGUGCACAGCCACCUGGCAGCUCCUUACCUGCUGGAAGAGUGAACAGAUGAUGAGAAAAGGACAGGAUCCAUUCCAUCGACUGUCUGAAGAGUUCAGAGAUAAACUGACUUCUGUGGAAAGAAAGCAAUUAAAGGUUUUCCUUGGGCUCACAGAUACUGAGAUUUUUUCUUUGGAGCUACAUGAGAUCCUUCAGCUUAAGACCAACAGCACCGUUGAAGAAGGCUUUGCGCCACAUUGGGACAUCAGGUCCACAAUGGAAUCCCAUUUGGAGGAGAAGAACAUCAUAUCUUUUCCUGGUUUAGAUCAUCUUCCAGAGGAAAUCACUUUGGCUAAAGCAGCAGAAAUCUGGAGGCUGGCGGUGGAGUUCAAACACUGAAAAGUUCUUCUGAAAGGGUCAAACCAAAAUUAAUGACAAAUGUGAAAAGAUCUGGACUGCUGUGAUUUUUUUGGUCAGAUGUUGCUUGCUUUUGUCACGUCUGUUGUACAGGACAGAUUUAUGACUCAUUCCUACACUCCAAGUCUUUCUUUUCAAUAUAUUG